AGUUGUCACGCAAGCUUAUCGUCUCUGUCUGUCUCCCUGUAUCUGUAUCUGUCUCUCUAUCUGAGGAAAGCAACUGUGAGAAGUGUGUACUUUACGCCAGAGAGAGAGAGAGAGAGAGAGAGAGAGAGAUGGCUUCCUCGCUGGUUCUGGCGGUGGUGUUCGUGCUCGAUUUGAUAGCCUUUGCGCUCGCUGUCGCUGCAGAGCAGCGGAGGAACACCGCGACGAUUGCGGAAGAUGCUUCAGAGAAGUAUUGUCAUUAUGAUUCAGACAUUGCGACCGGGUUAGGCGUGGGAUCCCUAUUGUUCCUUUUGGCUAGUCAGCUUCUGAUAGUGGCAGUGAGCAGAUGCUUAUGCUGUGGAAAAGCUCUGUUGCCAAGUGGUUCUAGGACUUGGGCUAUAGUACUCUUCAUUACCAGCUGGGUAUUCUUUAUUAUUGCUGAAGCUUGCUUGCUGGCUGGUUCCGUGAGAAAUGCUUACCACACCAAAUACACUACACUAAUUUCCAGUAACCCCCCAUCAUGCGAGACCUUGCGGAAAGGAGUCUUUGGGACUGGGGCUGCAUUUAUCAUCUUCACGGGCAUCGUUUCCGAGCUUUAUUAUGUUAACUAUUCCAAAGCAAAUGAAGCUGUUGCACCUUACACCAGAGAUACCGGCGUGAGGAUGGGGAAUCUGUAGCCGACUUUGGAUCUUGAAGGUAAUACAAUCGACAGCUUGGAAAUCUUCAACCAGUUGGUCUUAGGAUCGGAUUUCUUCGAUUUCUCUAGUCGAACGUUUCAAUCACAAGUCACCCAUAAUGAGAAGCAUUAUGCUUUGCAUCGAAGUUAUGUACACGGCCUAUGUAAAAAUGUGGAUUGGACAAGUUAGUGUGGAUCUCUUGACAAAUGAUCAUGUGUCAGUCUCGACAAGUGAUUCAUGCAUCCAUGCAUGCAAAGGCACCUAUGUCGCCGACUCCUGUUGGUAUAUGUAAACUCGACAUCGUGGUGUUGUUAGUGAGGUGAUUGGGAUUUUCUGUUUAAAUAAGUGCAAGGUCUUGAAUUCGAUUCUUUCUCAA